UUCGUCAUGUCCCCCCCCCCCCACCUCCGUGUGUUAUCAGAUGAGUCAGUGUGCGUCUGGUCUGUGUGCAGUCAGUAGCAUGGCUUCUCUCAGCUUCCUGCUGCUCAGUGCCGCUUUGAUCCACUUCGCUCAGUCUCUACCUGCAGCUCGUGGAGGGGGGCGUGGCCUGGAUGUCUCGGUGGGCGGGGCCAGACGCGAGCGCAGAGACCUCAAUAACCUGCUGCCUUAUCAGGAACGGAUGAUGUCGUAUCCUGCCAAUCAAGGGGGAGGCGGGGCCAAUCGUCUGUACUACCAAUCGGAUGGCUGGAGGGGCCGGGGCUUGAACCAGGCUCUGCAGCGGUUGGUGGAGAGGGACCAGAGGGAGGAGCAAGAAGAGGAGCAGCAAGCAGGCUUUUUGGCCGCCCUGCUCCGCCUGCUGAGCGAGGCACAGGGCGCAGGGUUGGUGGACCUGGGAGACGUGGAGGUGGUGGAGGAAGAGGACGACAAUCGGGGGCCACCAGGGGACUUCCGGGGCCCCGUCCCAGACUACGAUGAGACAGGGGUGGGAUCAAACGUGGGGAGGCCUCCGGCGGCGUGGUGGGGCCUCCUGGAGCCCCAUAUGGCUCAGGCUCUGCUGGAGAGAAUGGAGCCUCAGCUGGCUCAGGCUCUGCUGGAGAGAGCGAGGCCUCAACAGGCUGGAAGAGUUCAAUCAGGACGGACGGCAGGAGACCAGGAUUCUCUGAGACGUCUGGUUGCUAGGUUACUGGCCAGCAUUGGCCCUAGCGACGCCCCGGUGAUUUCUGGUCGGCGAAUGAGAAGAGACCUGUCAAUCACAGCAGUCGAGCCUGUUGGUUCCGCCCACGUGAGAAGCUACCGAUCCCUUGAUGAUGUGGCUCCUCCCUUCCCUAGCAACAGCCCCCCUCUGCUCAGAGGGAAGAGGCUGGAGGAGGAGGAGGAGGAGGAGGAGCCCCGCCUUCCGGCUGGGGGGCUGCAGAGGAUGAAGCGCAUUCACACCAUGGCAACCGCCAGAGAGGAAGAACUGCACCAUGGGAGUCGUAGACGCAGGAAAAGAGAUGCCAUGAACUACGACACCCAGAUAAUGAUCAAUCAGAUCUUGGAGUACAUGAGGGAAUAAGAGGAGGAGAGGAGGAGGACAGGAGAAGAAGAGAGGAGAAGGAGAGGCAAAGAGGAGGAGCUGAGAAAGAGGAGUGGAGAGAGGAGGAUGAAGAUGGAGGAGUAAGGAAAGAAGGGGGGGUAAGUUAAGUUAGGAGAGGUAGGAGGAGUCACUGUAGAUGGAAGUUCUGAGGAGUAGGAGGAGCCAUAUUUUUGUGGUCUUUCAGGAUUAUUUUGCGUGUUUUGAUGCUUUCAGUAAAAAACUUAAUUUGUUUAUCGUUAAAAAAGGACGACGUCACUUAGCAACAUUAUAAACUUAUUUUAAAUACGCCAGAUAAUAAACAACAUGAAAAGAGUCAUGAACAUAAAUCUGAAAAUUCGACUUGGUUCCUGUUUAAUAUAGUCGUAAUGUAUUAAAUAUUAACGAGUGAAGAUCCCUAAACCCUGAACCAACAUUGAUCACAUCUCACAAGUAGGGGGGCGGGUCGUUAGCACUGAGAGAUGAUUGACAGCAAGGGCGGAACAGCGAUGUGAUUAAUUCGUUCCUGAUGUGUUUGUGUAACUACAGCUUAUGUGCAGCAGUUGUGUCAUGUGAUCACCUGUCAGAAAUAAAGUCAGUAUCCACCAGAAA